GAUAAAGUGAAUUGGCCCCAAACUGCGUGCUGUUUAUGUUAAGCCGAAGAAGUCGAUUCCAUAAUUCAAUUAUUACCUUAUAAAUAGCAUCGUUCCUCCCCAAUUAGGUUUUAUUGCAUCGCAUCUCUCGCCGACAAAGGAAGGGAGGAAGGAACUAGGUUUUUAAGAAGAAAAAGAGACCAGGAUAAAGUAAAAAUCAUGGCAAUGAAAAGAGUUGCAGGACACGUAUCUCAGAGGCUCUUGAAAGGAGGAGAAGGAGUUAGAAACUAUUUCGCUGAUCCGUUUGUAGUUAAGGUUGAAAAUGCUUUAAAAUAUGAAGCUCAAAUUGUCAAGAAGGGAGAUCAUUUUGGACAAAUGCUAGAUGAACUCAAAGCUGAAUUUAGGCGUCAUCAGAAACUUUCUGCAGAAUGUAAGGCAAAACAUGGGGCAGCUGAGAAGUUUACGGCUGUUAUUAUAAGUACCGCAGUCGCAGCUUUUGUUUAUGAUAUCUCUAAAAAACAUGCAUAUGUGGAGGCCAUUAUACCGGCCAACAAUCUGCAAAGACGUAGGACAAACUCACCACAAAGACUUGCUGAUCAUUAAGUUAUGUGGUUGAAGUUGGGGUCUUCUGGAUUAAUGCCGUGUGGUGAGUUAUAUAAUGUUAUAAUGUAAGUAAUGACUAGGGUGUGUCUGGGGCACUUCCUCAAAUGUGUUCUUCACUUUGUGUUUAAGACGGUUAUAUUAUAAAUCGUUCAAGUCGUAAAACUGUAUCUGUGUGAUUUUCUAUUUUCUAUUUUCUAUGUCUGUUACUUCUGUUAGUUAAACCCGUAAAGUUUUUAAGAAUACUAUAAUCUUAGAUGUACCUCAA